AUGGCCGACGACGCUUGGAUGGCUGAAUUGGAUGAUUAUAUCAUGUUAAGCGUCGAGUCCGACUCAUGGGUCAACGGAGGCUUCUACUACAUCUUCGAUGUCGCCCUCCGUAAACUACUCAGGUACUUGUUUUUACCUUACAAGACAAGCUUCGUACGAUGCCUUCAACAAAUCCAAACCGCGCUGUGGCUACCGGACAGCAUACGAAUCACAAGCGACGUCGGAGACGGUAUGACUGAUAGCUUCUGCGUGGGGGGCAUCGCGUGUCUAUUUAUCAUCAGCUUUAUCUUCUUCAUGCUGUUGGCAAUGUCCACAUGCAUCAAGGACUCCCGCGUCACCAUCUCAGAAGCAUUCUUUGCCCUUGAAAUUUGCUUGGGAUUAUGGUGGGUAUGGGGCAUCAUGGAACGCUGGAUGGAGAAUCCUAAGUGUUUGGGAGCUUCAGGAGACCAAGGUCUCUAUAUUCGAAAGUCUUUUGGUAUCAGUACGCGUACUCUCGGCCGUAUCCACCGCGGCGUACCAGGAUUCAUCGCAUACACAUAUGAAAUGUCGAACCACUACCAAGCAAAGCUGCAUUCGCAGAAGCGCGGCGGAUGCACCAACAAGUUCCGAUCUGCCCACAAUGAGAAGGCCGGCGCCCUCCACCAAACCAGAAUGCACCAACAAUAUCAACCAACGCCCAAAUCGAUUACACAGACACAGCUUCGGACUGAGCAGGAGUUAUCAGAACAUAGUCAAGAUACUAGGAGCGGUGUCUAUCACAUUUAUGGUCUCUUUGGUGCUCCGGCUUGGUUUGGCCCCUCCUUUCCGGUCAGUUCAAAUUCAGCGAACCACUAUCCACAAGCCCAGGGACGAGUUUCUAAUGAGAUAAUGCCAUCAUAA